AUGGCAGACUACGUGAAGGUCAUCGUCACAGAGCGAGAUCUUCGGCGGUGGCUGCCGACGGAUGACAAGGUCCCUCACGUGCUCUUCUUCUCGGACAAGAAGACGACGCCACCCAUCCUCAAGUCGCUUUCCAUUGAGUUCCGCGAGCGCGCGGCCUUGGGGGUCGUCCUCCUGGGCUCUGAGGAACUUGCGAAGAAGUUGGGCGUGUCGAAGCGGCCAGCGCUUGUGUACAUACAGGAUGAGGAAUCUUUGACCGGCGAGCACUUCGACAAAGAGUUCAAGAAGGACCAGCUAGCCCGGUUCCUCUCUCGCUCUGUGGGUCGCCAUCGCAGCCAAGCUUUCGCCUCUUUCCGAGAGCUCACAUCGUCUCGUCUCGCGAGUGGGGACUGCGCGCCGGGAGAUUCGAAUUUCUGCCUCCUUCUCUUCAGCGGCCACGGGGACUCCCAAGCGAUGGCCUCGCUCAGGACGUUGGCGCCGCGACUGCGGAACGACCAUGUGAAGGUCUUCUUCGUCAAAGAUGCGGAGUUCCGAUCGGCGUUUGGGUCUGUCCCGCCUGGCUCGGUUCUACUAUACCGACCCAAAAGGAGGAGGUUCAAGCUCUUCGAGGGCGAUGCUGGCAACAUCGACGAUCUUGCUGCUUGGGUCGACGCCGCCGUAGGCGGUUCCCUUCCGCGGGGUGUUCGCGACUUGCUCGUGCUGUCGCUUUGGGAGUAA